AGACUGUACCGUGACUUCCAGGGGUGGGAGGCGGCGCAACCUGAAGCAGCAGCGUGUUAUUAAAGCGCAGUGCUACACGAAUUGUUAGAGAAGAGCUGCGAGAACUGAGUGCCUGUUUUCUUGUGGGUCUAUUAUCCUAAUGAUGUUUGAGAUUAAAAAAAUCUGCUGUAUUGGUGCCGGAUAUGUUGGAGGGCCAACCUGCAGUGUUAUUGCACAGAUGUGUCCUGAAAUUGAAGUCACUGUUGUGGAUGUGAAUGAAUCCAGAAUAAAGGCAUGGAAUUCAGACACACUUCCCAUUUAUGAGCCUGGCCUGAAAGACGUUGUAGAAUCCUGUCGAGGAAGAAACCUUUUCUUUUCCACUGAAAUAGAUGCUGCCAUUAGAAAUGCUGACCUGGUCUUCAUUUCUGUAAACACACCAACAAAAACUUAUGGAAUGGGGAAAGGUCGGGCUGCUGACUUAAAGUUCAUUGAAGCUUGUGCUCGUCGAAUUGUGGAAGUUUCUGAUGGCUACAAAAUUGUUACUGAAAAGAGCACUGUGCCAGUGAGAGCCGCAGAGAGCAUUCGACGAAUUUUUGAUGCAAACACAAAGCCAAACCUUAAUCUGCAGGUCUUGUCCAACCCUGAAUUCCUUGCUGAGGGCACAGCAGUACGGGACCUGAAAAAUCCAGACCGCGUCCUGAUUGGAGGACAUGAUAGCUCAGAGGGGCAGAAAGCUAUCCAGGCUUUGUGUGCGGUUUAUGAACACUGGGUUCCUAAAGACAAAAUUCUGACUACUAAUACAUGGUCCUCAGAACUCUCCAAACUGGCAGCAAAUGCAUUUCUGGCCCAGAGGAUCAGUAGUAUUAAUUCUAUCAGUGCUCUCUGUGAAUCCACUGGGGCUGAUGUUGAGGAAGUAGCCAAGGCGAUUGGAAUGGACCAGCGAAUUGGAAGUAAAUUCCUUAAAGCCAGUGUUGGGUUUGGUGGAAGCUGUUUCCAGAAGGAUGUCCUCAAUUUAGUAUACCUUUGUGAAGCACUCAACUUGCCUGAAGUUGCCACAUACUGGCAGCAGGUCAUUGACAUGAAUGAAUAUCAGAGAAGAAGAUUUGCUUGUCGAAUUAUUGACAGCCUCUUCAACACGGUUACUGGGAAAAAGAUUGCACUUCUGGGAUUUGCAUUUAAGAAAGACACUGGAGAUACAAGGGAGUCCUCCAGUAUUUAUAUCUCAAAAUAUCUGAUGGAUGAAGGUGCAAAGCUACAGAUCUAUGACCCCAAAGUAUUGAAAGAGCAAAUCAUUCAAGAUCUUUCACAUCCAAACAUUUCAGAAGACAACCCAGAGCGAGUAUCUCAGCUGGUAACGGUGACCAAUGACCCCUAUGAGGCCUGUGAUGGCGCCCACGCACUUGUUAUCUGUACAGAGUGGGACAUGUUUAUAGAACUGGAUUAUGAGAAGAUCUACAACAAAAUGCUGAAGCCAGCUUUUAUAUUUGAUGGCAGAAGAGUUUUGGACAGCCUCCAUCAUAAAUUACAGAGCAUAGGAUUUCAGGUUGAAACCAUUGGAAAGAAGGUUACCACUCAUAGGAUCCCUUUUACACCAACUGCUGGCAUUCCAAAAAUUAGUCUUCAUGAGCCUCCAGCCAAGAAGGCAAAAGUGUAAAGAACUUUGUAAACCUCUUAUUUCCUGCACCACUAAUAAUUCUGCAGCUUGCAUAUCCUUCAGAAUAUAGUUCUAGAAUUUGUAGACCUGCUCAGUAGCAUUGUUUCUUUACUUAGGAUAUUAGACUUUUCACAUUGUGUUCUGGUUAGCUUCAACUCUCCACCACCUUCAGUUUUCUCUGCUGCUGUUUUACAUGUGACCCUCGGUUUAUAGGCUCCUUUUUUUAGGAAGCGGAGCUGUCAAUAUGGCAGACUUAAAACAGAAUGGACCGAGUGUAAUAGUUGAAAGAAAAAAGAAAACCUUUGUGACCAACACUAAGUUAAACCUUUGGCUUCCUUGUAUUUAUACAAAUUUUAUAUAAUACGUUUAUGUGUAAACAAUUUCUUAGUUUCUCUAUUUUUGUAACAAUAGUUUCAAUGAUUUUAUUAAAUGCUGUCUUGUUUUUAUACCCUUUUCUCCCCCCAGAUAGUUUACUUUGUGUGUGUGUGUGUGUGUGUUUGUGUGUGUGUGUCAGUAAGGAUCAUACACUUUCCGUGAAGUACAGUUUACAAGGCCGGCUGUGCAGAGUUUAUUAGACAAGGGCCUUGACUGGAACAUCCAACUUGAAAUUCACUGUGUGACCCUCAGCCAGCCUGCCUAUGCUGGAACUUGAAUGUAAAAUGUAAAUACAUAAAAAUGUCUGUUUUUUUGCAUAAUCUGUGCUACUAGUCAAUGUUAACGUAGUUGAAUGAGUGAUACACUGUAUGGAAUGCCGUUCUACAGCAAACAAUAAUGAAAGUGUAAGUUACUUUCCUUGCAGAAAAUGUUUCCUGCUUAGAGUUUUUUUUUUUGUUUUUGUUAAAUUCAUUAAAGGCGUACUUAAUAAUUGCA